AUGCUAGGAUAUGCUAAAUAUAUUAAGGAUCUUGUGAUGAAGAAGAGAGUCGUUAGCUAUGAAUCGGUGGAUAAUCUCCACCAUUAUAGUGUUAUCUCUGCAAGAUCCUUAGUGCAGAAGAAGGCAGACCCAAGAGCAUUAACCAUCCCUUCUACUAUUGGGUCUCUUGAUUUUUCUAAGGCCUUACAUGAUCUGGGAGCGAGCACCAAUCUGAUGCCGCUAGUUAUUUAUAAAAAGUUGGGUUUGGGAGAUACCACACCUACAAACAUGAGACUAGUGAUGGCGAACAAGUCAGUAAAGCAACUAGUUAGUAUUUUAUAUGAUGUGCUAGUGAAGGUGGAUAGCUUCAUAUUUUCUGCGGCCUUCAUUAUUCUAGAUUUUGAGGUGGAUUUUGAGGUGCCCAUAAUCAUGGGUCAACCUUUUUUUGCAACCAAAAGUGUGCUUAUUGAUUUACAAGCUAAUGAGCUCUUAUUCAAGAUUAAUGAUGAAGUGGUUCAGUUUGAUGUGUUCCAAUCUAUGAAGCAGCAUAAGGAAAUAAGUGUGUUCUCUAUUAUUGAUGUCUACUAUAAGGACGGGCAGGAGGUUUUGAUAGAAGAGAAAUUUUCCAUUGAGCCCUUAGCUACAGUCUUGAUGAAUUUCAAAGGUGACGGCAUUGAAGAGUAUGAGGAGAUAAUUUAUACUUUGACAGGGAUGGGAUCAUACUCUUUUGCUCCCAAGAAGUUGGAUCUGGAUCUUAAAAAUCGCCUAACACAACUAGCUAAGUUAUUUAUUGAGGAGCCACCGAUGUUAGAGUUGAAGGAAUUGCAAGGACACCUUUGUUAUGUGUUUCUAGGAAGUAGAAACACUCCACUUGUGAUUAUUGCAGUAGAUUUAGGUGAGAAAAAAGUGGAGGCACUUAUUUUUGUGCUUCAGCGAUACAAAUGGGCGAUAGGAUAG